GGUUGAGCCAAAAGAGGACAGAAUUCAAUUUUUGACACCUGGAAUUUGACGUCAUCGUCUGGAUCCCAAUUCAAUCCGCUGGCUUAAUCCACGCACGUUCCCACGCUGCUGAGUUGACACCCCCACUCCAACGGUUGGCUCUUGCUCCUCCAGCCAUGCUGAUGAUGGAUUCAGAUAGAUCCAGAUCGCAGUAGCUCGCUGUUGUUUGCAACAUACAUACAUAGUAGCCUUGUUACACGUGUGGAAAGAGUCAAUCUCUCCUGUUCUUGGUUGCUUGCAGAUCAUAUUUUUUUGCAUUUCAAAGGGUGUUAUCUAUCUCUCAACGGUAUCUUUUUAAAAGACAAGGAAUCCAAUCGACGACAAAUUUCCACGAUGCGAUUGCUAUCUUUGUUUCUGCUGCUAGGCAGCACGCUCACGGCGACAAGAGCCUCCGAAGAUGACAAGUCCAAGUCACCUCCGCCGUUCUUCCUGCAAGAUCCAACAGACUCACUUUGCUUAACGGGAGAGGAGUUCAAGAGAUGCUCCAUUGAUACACUUUUCUACGUUGUUGGAGCACCAGGAAAAUAUCAAAUUCACAAGCGAGCGGCUGAUGGAACCAUUGACCAAGAGGAUGAUGGGACCUGCAUUACCAAAAAAUCCUGCAAAGAGGGAGAUAUCUCAAGGCUCAUGGAAGCCAAGUUGGCCAAAUGCUCCCAUUGUGGAGCCAAAAACUGGAACAUUCUGGGAGAUGCAGAUACUGGAUACGUCCUUACAGAGGGUGAAGGCAAAACUUGCCUCAUCCGAGAAAAGGGAGGGAAAAAGGCAUUCACGGCACCUUGCGAUUCACAGGAUCACCCAUACACACCCCUUCAACUCCAAUUCGCCUCUGCUGCCGACAUUAAAACUAUGAACUCUCCCGGGGCUCGCAUGAUUGGAGCUGCCAGUGAUGGAGAUAAAAAAGCUAUCCAGGCAUUGCUAAAGGAAGGAAUUGAUGUCAAUGUUAGAGAUUGGGACGACUUGACAGCACUCAUUCCUGCAGCUUCGUCGGGACACCUUGACAUUUGCAAGCUUUUGAUAAAAGAGAAGAUUGAUGUAAAUGCAAAGGACAAGGACGGUAUCACAGCUCUUAUGGAAGCAAGUAUCAUGGGGCAUAUCAAGAUUGUGGAGUACUUGCUCGAUAAUGGAGCCGAAGUUGAUGCAGCUGCCAGUUCCGAAGUCACUGCCUUGUGGUUGGCUGCCAGUGAAGGACGCGCGGACGUGAUCAAAACACUCAUCAAAAAGGGAGCAGAGGCCAAAAAUACGCGCGUUGAUGGAAUCACGGCUCUCAUGACUGCAAGCGUUGGUGGACAUGCAGAAGCAAUCAAGCUUUUGUUGGAAAAUGGUGCCGACCCCACAGCAACAGAUAAAGAUGGCCUCACUUGCUUGAUGAACGCCGCAGAAAACGGAACCGUGGCUGCCAUUAAGGCUCUUGCAGAGCAUGUUGAUGACGCACAAUUCCUGGAUUCAGUCUCCAACACUGGCUACAACGCCCUUACCAUUGCUGCUGCCCAUGGACAUGCUGAUGCCAUUGCAUACUUGAUUGAGGCUGGUGCCAAUGUUGGUGCUGUUGAUGAUAACGGCGUGACAGCCCUCAUGUACGCCGCUGCUUCAAACAAGGUCGAUGCCAUGAAGGUGCUCAUCGAGAAGGGAAAGGCCGACAUUGAUUUCCGUCACAGUCACGGGGGAACAGCGCUACUUGAAGCGUCCACUGGAGGAGCCACUGACGCCAUUAAGCUUCUUUUGGAAAGCGGUGCUAAAUUUGAUUUUGUCGACAAUGACGGUGUCUCUCCUUUGAUGGCUGUAGCUUCACAAGGGAGCCUCGAUGGACAGACUGCAAUCCUUGAAUCUCUGAAGAAGGUCAAGUCUGACGACGAACUCAAAGAACACAUUAAUAUGUUCUCGUACUCGGGUGGAAGCUCGGUGAUGUUUGCCGCUGCUGGUGGGCACUACAACUGCACAAAACAACUGAUUGAGCUUGGUGCUGAUGUUAACGCUAUCGCCCGCGCCACACCAGAUUACCUCGAGAAGCUGGCAAAAAUGGUUGAGGAGGGCCAGGUUACCGACGACGAACCCAACGUUGAUGGAGUGACUGCAAUGCACGUCGCAGCCCAAGGUGGCCACAAGGCUGUGGUGGAUUUACUGAUAGAAUCUGGAGCGGAUGUGACAGUCCUGGACGAUGAAAAGAGAUCAGCACUUUUGUUGGCGGUCAAAGGAAACUAUGGCGAGGUGGCUAGCUCUCUUGUGAAGGCUGGCGCAGAUCCCAAUACGGAGUAUGUUGAUGAUGAGGGCAAGUCCCACAAUCUAUUGUUCGAUGCGAUUAUGGUUGAAAACGAUGAUUUUGCGGUGAUGCUCGUCGAAAAAGGGGCCAACCUCGGGCAUACGGACGAGAAAAAGGUGACGACAUUGCUUCAAGCGGCCCACCGUGGUUUGUCAAAUAUCACAGAAAAGCUGCUGGAAAAGAACUCGAAACCAGAGUAUGUGGACGCAGCAAGCGAAGACGGCAUCACACCUUUGAUCGCGGCUUGCUCUGAGGGGCACCCUGAAGUUGUGAAGCAACUCAUAGCAGCAAAAGUAAAUGCCAAUGCUGUUGACAAGGAUGGAACGACUGCCUUGAUGGCUGCCGCUGCACGAGGGCAUCACAACAUUGUGUCGGAUCUGUUGGCUGCCAAGGUGGACGUCAAUGCUCAGAACGUGGACGGCCACACAGCCUUGAUGUUUGCCUACAAUGGCAAGAAUCAAGUUGAAACAUUGUGGGAGCGAUACAAUCAAUUUGUUGCGGAAGCUAAAGCAGAAAAGAAGACGGGGGACGAGAAGGUGGACGAUGGUGGUACAGGACCGGUCAUUAGCGAAGCUCUGGAAAACCACAAAACGCUAAUAGAUCAACUUCUCAAAGCUGGAGCUGACCCCAAUCUGAAAGACAAGGAGGGCCACGCCGCCAGCGACUUUGACUUUCACCCGGACGCCGACUCUGAAGUCCUGGAUAAGGAGGCCAAAGCCGAAAAAGUGCGUGACCAAAGUAAAUACGAACUGUGAUGUGAGUAAUGGGCACGAUUAAAUCAUCUAGAAUUCAUUGGUCUCUUC